AUGGUGAGGAGGGAGCAGGCCCAGCGCGUUGGUGUGCAGCACCACUCGGCUGCGGCUGCGAGGCAGCAGAAGCGCUCGGGGUGGACCGGCGUGCGGUUGCGGCCGUGGGGCCGAUGGGCGGCGGAGAUCCGCGUGCCGUACACCCGCGAGAAGGUCUGGAUUGGCGUGUUCGACACCGACAAGGAGGCGGCGCUCGCCUACGACGCCGCUAUCUUCUGCUUCUACGGCGAGGACCUGCCGAGGAGGCGCAGGUUCAACUUGCCCGCCGUGCCCCACCCGGACAUCGCCGAGGACGUGCGUCACCAGCUCAGCGUCACCGACAUCAAGGACAUCGCCAAGAAGCACGCUCGCGACGCACUGCAGGAGGAGGAGGAAGAGGCGGCGGCGGCUGGUCCUUCUGCCGGCGCUGAUGCAGAUGCGCCUGCUAACACUUACCAAGGGCACAACCCAAACGACAUGGAUGUCGAUCUCAGCCUCUAA